AUGGUUCCUCUGCGGGCCCGGAGGAGCUGGACGCGCUAUGUGGUUGAAGCCUUGGCACCGCAGGCUACCUACUUGCAAUUCCUCGAACAGCCGUCACUAACGCACUCACAGUCUCUCCGCAUAGCACCCCCAGCAAACUAUGCUACCCAGGCCUCCAACACAACCACCAGAAACCCCACCGCUCGUCCAUCAAAAGGCGCCCCAUCCGCUCCUGGUCUCCCCGACACCCUCCGCGACAAAAUCACCCUCCCAGCACCGGUGGGACCCCCCUCUAGCAACCAAACCGCCGUCCCCUCAUCGACACACCCCCUUGAAGCCCGCCUGCUCGCCUGGCGUCAGACUCAGGAUGCCAUGAAGAUGGAGACGCUCCGCCGCGCAUACGGGAUCGCGGAGCCUGUGCGGCGCGGCAUGGAGCUCAAGAUCGUGCGGGACGGUACUUUCCGGCCUGCUGUGUUGGGCGGAAACAAAGGUGGUAAUGUGCACGAGGACAUUCUGGUUCUUGGGGGACGGGAUACGGAGAUUGACUGGGAGGAUAUUUUCCAAGGAGACGAGUUCCGGGAACCACCUUCCUUCCAUGACGAGAUGGAGAAAAGACUCCGGGUGGAGUUCUGA